GCAAGCGCUUCAACCCUACACAUCCUGCCGCGGAGGAAAGAAUAACAAAUCGAGGAAUUGCCUACAUGUUUGAAACAAGUAAAGAAACUUUUUGAUGAACGGAGAAAGCGUCAACCACAUAGGACAAGGUACUCUACGUUACUGCAUCAAGUGGAUGAAUUUCAGCCGACUCGUUAGUCGAGAAUUCACUUUCUACAGCGGAGCUCCUUCAUAGAUGGGACAUUUAGCCUGUUGACCGUCUCCAGGACCAAACUUUGCGGACACUUGGAAAUAUUUUACUGAGCCAGAAGAGCUUCAAAACUUGUGAAACACAUGAUGAAAAAAUGAAAAUUGCUAAUUUGAUUAUAUUGUUUUUGGUACAAAGUAAUCAAGAAAGCCAUGGAAUACGUUUUACAAAGAACCCUACCAACCUGACGGUAACCCAGGGCAACAUGGUGCGGCUGGGCUGUGCAAUCGAGGGCAUUAGCGAGCCGGAGAUCGUGUGGAUGAAGGAUGGAGAGAAGCUGUACUCCACCGACCAGAUGUACAUAACUCUGGAGGCUCAUCACUGGGAGACCUUCCACAGUGUUAAGUCAGUGCAGCAGCAGGAUGCAGGGAAGUACUGGUGUGAGGUAGAGUUCCACAGCCUCACCAUCUCCUCCGAACCAGCCUGGAUCACUGUAGAAGGUGUCCCCCAUUUCACAUUGGAGCCCCAGGACGUGGCUACCUUCCCUGGGGUGCCCUUUAACCUGACCUGUGCUGCUGUGGGGCCCCCUGACCCGGUUGAUGUUCUUUGGCGGCUUGGGGGGGUCCAGCAGGGAGACGUCGGCCCCUCCCCCUCUGUGUUCCAUGUCAACGGUGUGAAUAACAGCAUUAAGUUCUACUGUGAAGCCAAGAAUGCGAGAGGAAUCUCUGUGUCGCGUACAGGCACUGUGCACAUAAAAGUUCUGCCAUCAGCCCCUGUGGGUGUACAGGUGGUCCAGGUGCUGGAUGUCACGUUGUUAUGGAAACCUGGCUUUACCGGCCACUCUGACCUAGUGUCCUGCACCAUACAGAUGUCUAAGCGGUCCGGUCGGAGGGCAGAUCUCCCUGAUAAGAUAGUGGCAGUGCCCCCCUACCAGUUGGCCCUCAAGGGGCUGACCAGCCAUGCCAACUACAGCGCCAGGCUCCGCUGUUCCAACGAGGUGGGCACCUCGCCCUUCUCCCCCUGGGUGGACUUCAAGACGCCAGAGGCAGUUCCCUCGCUUGCCCCCAGGAACCUGACCUUUGACCUGACGGAGCAGCGUCUGUCCUUGAACUGGGCGGAGCUGAAUGUGGAGGAGUUACAGGGGAAGCUUCUGGCCUAUAAGGUCCAGUGGAACCUUGGAGGGGAGGGCCAGGAGGCGCUGCUGUUCAAGGAGAACGUAGCCCACUUGUCUGGUGGAGGGCGUUUCUUCAACGCCACGUUCCAGGUGUCAGCCUGCACUGUGGCCGGCUGCGGUCCCUGGAGCCAACCCGUCCUCGUCAUGCCAGCCUCGGCGGUGCAGGCACAGACCCAGCGGGGGCACAUGUGGGUGGGGCUGCUGCUGGGGUUGCUGGUGGCAACCAUGGUGGGGCUCCUGUUCACGGUUCUGGUUCACCGCCGAGGGAAGGAGACUCAGUUUGGGUCCGUGUUCAAGGCCCCAGGAACAGUGAACUCUGUCUCCUUCACCGCAGCACGCUCCUUCAACAGGCAGUGCCCAGAGCUGCAAGAAUCCACCUUGGACAGUCUGGGGAUCAACGAGGAUCUGAAGGCCAAGCUCCAAGAUGUCCUCAUUCCUGAAAGACUGUUGACACUUGGACACAUGCUGGGCAAAGGUGAGUUUGGUUCGGUGCGUGAGGCAUUCCUGAAAAUGGAGGACAGCUCUGUGCAGAAGGUUGCUGUGAAGGUGCUUAAAUCCGACAUCAACUCAUCAACUGACAUUGAGCAGUGUCUGAAGGAGGCGGCCUAUAUGAAGGACUUCCAUCACCCCAACGUCAUACAGCUGAUUGGGGUGAGCCUUCACAGGCGUCACCCGCAGAGGUUACCCAUCCCCAUGGUGAUCCUGCCCUUCAUGAAGCAUGGAGACCUGCACACCUUCCUGCUCUUGUCACGCCUGGGGGACGAGCCUUUUACACUGUCUCUUCAGAUGCUGAUCCAGUUCAUGCUGGACAUCGCUCGGGGGAUGGAGUACUUGAGCAGCAAGAGCAUUAUACACAGAGACCUGGCUGCACGCAACUGCAUGCUGAAUGAGAGCCUGACGGUGUGUGUGGCGGACUUCGGUCUGUCAAAGAAGAUCUACAGUGGCGACUACUACCGGCAGGGCUCUGUGUCUAAACUACCGGUCAAGUGGAUCGCUCUGGAGAGCCUAGCUGACAACGUCUACACCACACAGAGUGACGUGUGGGCUUUUGGUGUGACCAUGUGGGAAAUCAUGGCGCGGGGGCAGACCCCCUACCCUGGCGUGGAGAACUCUGAGAUCUACGAGUACCUCAUCAAAGGGGAGAGGCUCAAACAGCCUCCAGACUGCAGAGCCGAUAUUUAUGAGAUCAUGCACAGUUGUUGGAGCCCUGUGCCCAAGUGUCGGCCUAGCUUCCAGCACCUGCUCGACCAGCUGGAACGGCUGUGGGCCAGCCUGUCCCCCGGGCCCCUCAAAGAGCCUCUGCUCUACGUCAACCUGGAAGGGGAGGAGCGGAUGGAGCAGGUGGCUGGGGCCCAGGACCCCGAGGAGCCGCCCCCCUGGGGGGUGCCCUGGCAGUGCGUGGGCAUGGAGGAGGACGAAAAGGACUGGCUGAUGGUGUCAUCUGGGGCGGCCCUGGCUAUUGGUGGAGACUACCGUUACAUCAUUGGUCCUUGUAGCACCAUGGAGGAAGAGAUGGAGGAGGAUGGGAGGAGAGCAGGGGAAUCCAUGGACAGGUUGCAGAGAGAGAUGAGGGACGAAGAGGAUGAUGCUGUCAUUAACGUGUGAUGUGAAUGCAAGUUCCUUCCUUUCCUCUACUGUAGACUUAUGGUCCUCCAGACUGACCUGACCAUUGUGAAGGAUGGGUCUCUGGGUAUAAAUGGCUGCAUGCUAGCAGGCAUAUAAAAUGACCUCAAAGAGACAUACAUUGAAGGAUGCCUGAACUCAAGUCCCCCCCAGAUGUAGUCUGAAAUGACAUCACACAUCUAGACCCAAUCAGCACCACGGUCUAAAUGAAAAUUCUACUGAGUGUACACUAGCACUAUUUAAGGCUCAUCAAUGCUAAUGAUUAUUAAUAUAGACUGUGAUGAAGAUAUCAUAUGACAACACUAACAGAAACACACGUCAGAGAGAGAUUUCUUGCAGGUGAUCAAUCACCAUUUCAAGGUGAUCAUUUCUAGGGGACUGUACAUACCUGCUGCUUGUACAUGAAGUAUGGACUCCAGGUAUCCUACUGAGAGAAUUGCCUAUGUGAACCUCUUAUAACCCUUCUGGUGGCCAGUACAUGUAGGCAAUCCUGGACGUUAUUUCUAAAUUUGUUCUCAAUCUCUUGGAUUUCCUGUGAGAACAAACCAUGGGACAACUACAUUCUUUACCCCAUAACAUAGUGAAAUCAGUUUGAAUUGCUCAAAACUUCCAACGCCUGAUGACAUAAGAAUUACUUUAAGCGUUUUUUUGUGAUGCAGCCGUCUCGUGCAGUUUAGGGGAAACAAAUAUUUUGGAAGAUUUUAAUUAAUAAUGCUCAAUGCUAAUUUAACAAUUUGUUUGGCUAUCUGAUGCCUUCACUGUAUGGGAUAUCAAGGGAUCUGAAGUUUUAAUAUUAUAAAUGUAAAAGUUUUGUAUAUUGUGCUGUUAUAAAGUGUUCUUUUCCGAGCAACAGAUUCAUUAAAUACAGAGACUUGAAGCUAAUGC